AUGAAAUAGAGAGAGAAAGAAGGUUCAAAUGAAAAUCUUAGAGUUGUAAUUAGAGUUCGUCCUCCAAUGGCAAGAGAGAUUAAGGAUGGCAAAUUCAUAUCAACUGUAAAGUCAUGAUUGAUAAUUUGAAAAGGUCCAAGUGGCUCCAGAUAAUCAAUAACUUUGCAUUUUCGAUUAUCAUGCAAUCGAGUUAGUACCUGACGAGGAAUUAGAAGCAUUUGUAUAAAAUCCAGCGAAUUACACCAUUCAUUAAUUUACAUUUGAUUAUGUAUAUGAUUAAGAAAGCACCUAAGUGGAAGUCUAUGAAACCACAGCUGCUUUGUCAGUAGAUUCGACACUUUAAGUAUGAAAUGAAUAAGUAUUCAAAAGGGAUAUAACUCAACCAUUAUGGCAUACGGACAAACAGGAACUGGAAAAACAUACACGAUGCACGGAUUCUCAUUUACCCCAAACUCUGAUUAAUUGGGUAUCAUCCCAAGAUCAUUGCAUAACAUCUUCACACAUAUAUAGAUGAAAUCUAAUUCAAUGACAACCUUUAUGGUGAGAGCAUCGUAUUUAUAAAUUUACAAUGAGUCUAUAAGCGAUCUUCUAAGACCUGAUCAUUAGUAAUUGAAUAUCAGAGAAGAUAAGAAAAGAGGAGUGUUUGUUGAGAAUCUAUCGGAAUGGGCAGUACGUUCUCCUCCAGAAAUAUAUCAAUUGAUGAGAAGAGGUAAUGCCAAGAGAGUAACAGCAAGCACUAGAAUGAACGACACAUCAUCAAGAAGUCAUGCAGUUUUUAUCAUUACAGUUGAAUAAAUUGAAGAAACACCAGAAGGAAAAAGGGCAAGAGUUGGAAAACUAAAUCUAGUAGAUUUGGCAGGUAGUGAAAGAGUUAGAGUCACUGGAGCAACUGGUAUCAGAUUAGAAGAGUCUAAAAAGAUUAAUCAAUCCCUAUCUGCAUUAGGAAAUGUCAUUGCUGCCUUGACUGAAUUAAAAUAACCAAAAUCACAUAUUCCUUAUAGAGAUUCUAAAAUCACUAGAUUAUUAGAAGACUCACUGGGAGGUAAUUGCAAAACCACAUUUAUGGCAAUGAUAUCACCAGCUAUCGAAGCAUUCAAUGAAUCUCUAUCAACAUUGAAAUUUGCAAACAGAGCUAAAAAUAUCAGAAAUACACCUAUGGUUAAUUAAGAUCAAGAUCAAGGAGCUUUGCUUAGAAAAUAUUAAUUAGAAAUCUAGAAAUUAAAAUAAGAAUUGGAUGAAAGAAGCAAAAUGCCAAUUGAUUCAAUGGUGGCUGAAUUAGAAAAAGAACGAUAAAAGGCUCUAGAAGAUAAGCAAGAAGUGAUGAGUGCAUAUGAAUAAAGAAAUAGAGAUCUGGUGUAGGAGAGAGAAAUGAGAAAGUAAUUGGAAGAAAAGAUAUCAGCCUUGAAUUCACAAAUGCUUGUUGGAGGGUAGAAGAUUGAAGAAACACCUUAGUUUUAGAAUGCUCUAGAAAAACAGUAGAAGUUAAUAAGGUAAUAAUAUCAAGAGAGAUUACAAGAAUUGGAAAAAGAGAGGUAGAACAUUGAAGAGGAUAAGGCUCAAACAGACAAAUAUAAAUAAUUGUUAUUAAAAUAGAGAGAUAUAAUGAUCGCCUUAACUAAUAGAUUGAAUGAAAGAGAUGAAACAAUACUGCAAUUAUAGGAGGAACUUGAUGCCUAUGAUAAACUGCAAAAAGAACUAGAAGAUAUCAAUCAGACGAAAGAGUCUAGAAUACAAUAAUUGGUGGAACUUCUUAAAUAAAAAGAAGUUGAAAUCCCAAUGAAUUUAGAUUUACCAGCCAAUUCUAUUAUUAAUAAUGCAAAAUAACAGUUAUUAUUAGCUGAAAUGCCAUCCUCAAAAAUGAUUCUAGUUGCUGAUCCUUCAUCAAAUAGUUAUAUUUAAACACUCCCUUAACAAGGUUCUUAUCAUCAUUCUUCUGAAGCAGUCACCUAAUAUGAACUAAAAAAUUAAAUUGAUAUCAACAAAAAAUUGGAACUUGAUUUAAAGAUUAGCAGAAUGGAGUAAGAAAGAUAGAAAAAGGAGUUGCUUUCAUUACAGGAAUAGAUUCAGAAAUAUGAAAAUGAUACCACCACAGAAUAAGCUAAAAGUAUCCUUAUCUCUCUCAUAAUUAGAAUCUGUUGAUUUGAUACUGAAUUAACUCACAAAACCUGCUAAUGGAAACUCACUUGCCACUGUUGCCCAAGAACUACAGAAGCUCCAAAAGAUACUUUCGGAAAAAGAAGCAAGUCCAAAGAAGGCACUUCUUAAAAUUCAAUAAGAAACUUCCAAUCUCAAGCAAUAGGAGAUUAUAAAUAAAUUAAUGAUUAAACCAAGCAAAUCUAAUAGUUAGCUUAAUCCUCCACCAUAUAAAAAAUAAAAACAAAAAUCUGUAGAGGAUUUAUGGAAUUGA